GAGAAACCAAAGUUCUCAAAAAUUGUCUUAAUAUCAUGAGAAGGUCUCACAACUUUAAAACACAUCAGUUGCAUAAAUUGAUAAGGAAUAUGGAAACUUCGAAUAGGAAAAAUUAUCUACUUACACAAAUUUGAAUAUAAUGGAUCAAACUGCAUUGAUAACUGAGAGUGACUGCUGCGGUAAUGGCUGCGUAAAUUGUGUGUUAAAUGUCGGAUAUCGAAAAACUUCUAAUGAUAACCUAGAAGGAAAACGGAACAUAAUUUCGGAGUAUCAAAAAUUUCGACUGUCAAACAAAUAUCCACAUAGUCUUAUGGGCAGGGACGAUGAUAAUGGAAAUGGUGUCGAAGUAUUUGAGCUUCACUUUUGUGUUGCUAAUUUGCCAGACGGUGUGGAGGAUUUCGCUUUGAUGAUACCAGCAGGUUAUCAUGUAAUGAUGCGUCAACAUUUGGUUACUGGCCUAGUUUGUCUGAGACCCUAUUCUCCUUUUUGGGUGGAUUCUUUGGCGAUGGAAUUCAAAAUCCUCGUAAAUCUCGCUCCUUGCGGUCAAAUGUCUCGAUUUAUUAUAGAACUGAAGGUUGGUGAUUUUGUCGAAUUUCGUGGACCAAUAGGACCCGACGAAUAUUUUAGUAACACUAAAACUGAACGCAAUGUUUUCAUUAUAACACAAGGUGUUGCCAUUGCAGCAACCAUCCGCAUUGUUCAAGAGAUUCUGGAUAAUGAAGAAGACUUCAGUCGCGUUUUUCAAUUAGCAUGUUAUAAAGAUAUAGAACAUGCUUUCUUUCGAGAUACCUUACGGGACUUUAACAAGUAUUGGAACUAUAAAAGUCAUGUCUAUCUCGCACAUCAGAGAUGUCCUCAUGGUAUGUGCAAAACAGCUGAAUGCACUGGAGAAUGCACCUGGUUUCAAAAACAGUUGCUGUAUAAAGAAAAGGUUCAUUUGCGUCGUUUUACCGAUUCUGAAUUGAGUAAUAUUAGCAAAGAUCUCGUCGGUAACGGAACGGAAUCAGUUUUUAUAAUCGCAGGAUCAAACAAUUUUCAAGAAUCCGUUACUAAUAUUAUCAAAAAAUCAACGUUAGAAUCCUCAAAUACAAAAAUUGUUCUACUUUAGAAAAAAUUAA